CUGUGCAGACAAUCAAGAGAUCUCCCAGAAUAUGGCAAACUUCAGCAUGGUGACAGGAUUCCUGCUGAUGGGCUUUUCUGACAUCUGGGAACUGCAAGUUUUAUAUGCCAUGCUCUUCUUACUGAUCUAUUUGGUGGCUCUGAUGGGAAAUCUGCUCAUUUUCACCCUCAUCUCCCUUGAUGAACAUCUCCAAUCCCCCAUGUACUUCUUCCUGAAGAAUCUGUCCUUUUUAGAUCUUUGCUUUAUUUCUACCACACUCCCUAAAUCUAUCACAAACUCUCUGAGUCAUAGCCAUUCCAUUUCUUUCACAGGAUGUGUACUACAAUUCUUUUUAGUAAUUUCCUUUGCGGGAUCAGAGCUUUUUCUCCUCACAAUGAUGUCCUAUGACCGGUAUGUGGCCAUCUGCCAGCCUCUACACUAUGAAGUCAUCAUGAUUAGAGAAACUUGUGUGAAGAUGGCAAUUGUUUCCUGGCUCGGUGGAGGUUUGUUUGGGACUCUGUAUUCAGCUAGUACAUUCACUUUGCCUUUCUGUAGGUCCAAGGAGAUCCACCAAUUCUUCUGUGACUUUCCUUCAUUAUUCAAACUCUCCUGCUCCAAUAUACAUAUUGGAGUAGAUGUGACUUUAGCUAUUGGGGUUACUUUAGGAAUUCUGUGCUUUAUUUCCAUAGCUACCUCUUAUGGUCCCAUAUUUUCAACUGUGCUGAAGAUUCCAACUGUAGAGGGUAAGUCAAAAGCCUUCUCCACUUGCUUACCCCACCUCAUUGUUCUCAUUGUUUUUAUUACAACAGGUAUCACUGUUUAUCUAAAGCCACCUCAGGAAUCUGACUCUGUUCUGGAUCCGUUGUUUUCUAUAUUCUACACAGUAGUGCCCCCAACCCUGAAUCCUAUAAUCUAUAGCCUAAGGAACAAGGACAUCAAGAUUUCUCUGAGGAAGCUAAUAGCCUGGAAACACCUCUUAUAG